GCAUUCAAUCACCCGGCGUCCCCUUCCCCUCCUCCCAUCCCCUAACUCGAAACCAAGAAAUCUCAAAGUCCUGAAGUUGGCUUGCACGGCUGCUUAUCAGCGACCGACUACUAACAAACAGCAUUGUCUGGGUAAGAGCCAAAGGACAAAACUGUGCGGCGCUGCAGGAGGAGGAGGGGAGGUGGGAAGCACUUGUAUAAAGUCAAAGGGCUGAACAUGUGGGGCCACAUUGACAGAGAGGCUCCAGACUGACGCCUCUGCGCUCCUGCGUCAAUCUCUGAGGACGCUCAUUGCAACAUUUUUGCGAAGCAGGGAUACACUGGAUGAUUUUUAUUUCACUUGUUGUGGAUUAUUUAUUUUCUUGAGCAAAAUUUUUAUUUUAGAAGAGCCUGGAAAGAUGGAUACAUACAUUUUGAUUACCGUUUUGUCAGUGAUGUACUCCUGGAUUUUGUGCACAGUCCUAUCAGCACCAGCUGGAGAGACACCCACCGCCUCCACCGUCACCCAGGGGCGCCAUGUACGGACCAAGCGCUGCUCCUGCGCCACCUUCCUGGACAAGGAGUGCGUCUACUUCUGCCACCUGGACAUCAUAUGGGUCAAUACACCUGAGCGCGUGGUCUCCUACGGACUGGGCAACGCUCCCAGGACGAGGCGCGCGGUCGCGGACUCCAUGGCAACCAACAGCGGACCUCGCUGCCAGUGCCUCCGCGAGAACGACAACACAUGCAGAAACUUCUGCCGACUGGAAAACCACCUCAGGUAUGAGACAUCGCCAGACACGGUGAUCCGCUCCGCCGAGGGCGAUGGUUGUGCUGGGGAGCAGUGCAAACACAAGCUGGCAGCCGACACGGGCAGGAUUAAGAGGAUGAGGAGCAGCAACAAGAAACGGGUGUCGCCUCUAGCUCUCAGGGCUGCGUUGAAAACCCGCCUGCUGCUCGAGAAGUGGAGGGUGAGACAGCGCCACAGGGCAAGAGCAUGGGAGGGCGAGAGCUCAGCCUCCUAAAAGAAGACAGAUAACCUCCGCACCUUGUCAUACAGAGGGGGAAAGAGUUUCAUAACCCUUCUCUAAAGCCAUCUGCCAAAGAGGAGUCCCUCAAGAAGACACUGGAGAGCCCCACGCAAGGCCGGAAAAACGUUCUCCGUGUUGGCUCGAUGGCCGUCCUGAGGUGUCUGCAGCAGAGCAGAAAGCAUUUACACCUCGACUUGGUUGCACUUCAUCAGACAGAUGAACGAGGUCAGAGACAAUACAAGGGGAGUUCAGGUGAAGACAGAUAAGCUGAACAGAGGACUUGGCCCCCACUCUGCAAAAAUCAAAGACAUUUAUUGAUCUUUUCAGGUGUCACGGUCAGACUCAGUCGCUCUACAGUCGCUGUAACAUCAUCUGGACUCAAAAAACCCCACCAAAUAGCAUUUCAAAAACUUUCCUGACAUUACUGGGAGCAGUUAAUAGAAAUCUCUCAACCAAACACUGCCAUAUAUGGAUGAAGGCAGUUCUACUUAUUAUAUUUCAAACAUGCCAUUAUAUUUCUCCCACAGAUGCCUCCGUAGAAGGGAUUAUGUGUCUUGUGUCAUCACUUUACUCAAGACAUUUUUUCACUGACUGAAACUAUUUACUGCAUUUACGUAACAGGUCGUCUCCUGUAUGUCAGGACACAGGUCAUUCUAGCUGUGUCGUACUGUAGCUCCUGGGAGUUUUCCUUGCUAUCACAGAUUGGUUUGCAUUUAGCAUAAUUUAAUUUUUCACUAAAUAUGUUAUGUUUGCUGUCGCUACUACGUACUGUGUGUUAUUUAUUUAUUCAUUUCAUACAUUGUAAUCUGAUGGCCAUAUUGGUUGUAUGUUUGGUUUUGUCAUUUCUAUGAAAUGUUUUGUCACUGAGGUGCCAUAUUCUGGCCAAACUUUAAUAAAUUUUUACACACUUAUUUAAAACUAA